AUGCGGUAUUCAAAUCCGCAUUCUGCAUCUCUGUCCAUCCCCCAAAAUCCACUCACGCCAAUUGACCUCGACCCAACCACCAGAGUCAGGAUAUGCUUGAGCGGUAGGAUGCCCGAACUGCCGCGGUCGCUCAUUCGGUCCUGGUCGUCGACGCUCAAGCUCCCCAAGUCGACAUUUCCCGCUCGCGUCACGCCCGCCGAUCAGUCGAAAUACCUGCGCCGAUGCACCGACGACCUCUACGCCUGGCAGCGCCGUGAGAGGCCCGCCGACCGACCCUUCGUGUUGCAUGAUGGUCCGCCGUAUGCGAAUGGUGGGCUGCACGUCGGCCACGCCCUUAAUAAGAUCUUGAAGGAUAUUAUCUGUCGUGUGCAGUUGGGGAAGGGGAAGGCGGUGCGGUACGUCCCCGGGUGGGAUUGUCAUGGGUUACCAAUUGAGUUGAAGGCGCUGGAGGCGCAGAAGGAACUGGGUGAGGCGACAAACGGGCCGGUUAGUGCGGCGUUGAUUAGGAAGGCGGCGCGCAAGCUGGCCGGGAAGGCCGUCAAGGAUCAGAUGAAAGGGUUCCGCGGGUUCGCGGUCAUGGGAGAUUGGGAGAAUCAUUGGAAGACGAUGGAUAAGGCGUUCGAGAAGAGGCAGCUGGGCAUCUUUCGUGAGAUGGUCGAGAAGGGCCUGAUCUAUCGACGCUUCAAACCUGUGUAUUGGUCGCCGUCGACGGGGACGGCCCUGGCGGAGGCCGAAUUGGAGUAUAAAGAGGAUCAUACCUCUACGGCUGCUUUGGUCAAGUUCCCCUUGGUUUCGGUCCCGCCGCAUCUUGCGCAGAACCCGCUGUUGCAGGUCAAGGACCUUAGCGCUGUGAUUUGGACUACGACUCCUUGGACACUUCCUGCCAACGCCGUUAUCGCUGUCCAUCCGGAUCUCGAGUAUACGAUUGUUCAAUCUGAAACGCACGGUCAUCUUCUUAUCGCUCAGUCCCGCAUCGAGUAUCUCCAGAAUAUGCUGAAAGAGGACCUGCCGGUCAUUGUCCCGGCUAUCCGUGGCUCGGAACUGGCCGAUCGCACGACCUACCGACCCCUCUUCAAAGGACCAGACGCGGACGCCCAGCCGAUCAUUACCGCGGACUUUGUCACGGCCGAUUCGGGUUCGGGUCUGGUGCACUGCGCUCCAGGACAUGGAAUGGAUGAUUACGAAGCCUGCGUCUCGCGCGGAAUUCCGGCGUUCGCCCCCGUGGACGACCAAGGCCGAUUCACCGACCAAGCCAUGCCCAGCGACCCCGCGAAGCUGAGUGGAAAGAGCGUCUUGGAUGAAGGUAAUACCGCUGCUCUCGAAUACGUCCAGUCUGAAGGCCAUCUGAUUGCCAAGCACCGAUACGAGCACAAAUACCCCUACGACUGGCGAUCGAAGCGUCCCAUCAUCAUCAGGGCCACGGAACAGUGGUUCGCCGAUGUCGCUGACAUCCGCAGCAGCGCCGUGAAGGCGCUGGAUGAUGUCAACUUCGUACCCGCCUCUGGCCGACAGCGCUUGGAAAACUUCGUCAAAAACCGGAGUGAGUGGUGUAUCUCGCGUCAGCGUGCUUGGGGCGUGCCGAUUCCUGCGCUCUACCAUCAAGGCACGGGCGAGGCGGUCCUCACCAAGGACACCGUCUCCCAUAUCAUGACUGUGAUCGAGCAGCGAGGGGUCGACGCUUGGUGGACCGACGAUGCAGACGACUUGGCCUGGAUCCCACCGUUCUUGCACGAUGCGUCUGGACCCGGCUAUCGUCGCGGAACCGACACGAUGGAUGUCUGGUUCGAUAGCGGCACCAGCUGGGCGGAGAUCGACACGCCUUACAGCAACGGAUACCCCUCGGACGUCUACCUGGAAGGCACCGACCAACACCGCGGAUGGUUUCAAUCCGGACUGCUCACUUUCACCGCGCACCAGCUCGCUUCCGGGAAAACCGACGUGGCCCCUCGAGCGCCGUUCAAGCAUCUGAUCACCCACGGGUUCACGCUCGACGAAGAAGGCCGCAAGAUGAGCAAAUCCAUCGGCAACACCAUCGAACCGCAGGCAAUUAUGGACGGAACGCUGUUGCCGCCUCUCAAGCCGAGGAAAGGCAAGGGAAAGCAGCAGGCCGAAAGCAAGGGGCCGGUCUACGACGCGCUGGGCCCGGACGCACUCCGCAUGUGGGCGGCCAGCAGCGACUACACGCGGGACGUGGUUAUAGGGAAACAGGUUCUUCAGACGGUCAACACCAGCCUGCACAAGUACCGUGUGACUUUCAAGCUUCUCCUAGGCGCGCUCUCGGAUUUCCGAUUAGAAAACCGCCUUCCGUAUGACCAGCUGCAGCAUGUUGACCGCGUCGCCCUGUUGCAUCUGUCUCAGAUGGUCCUCGCUAGCCAGAAGGCCUGCGAGAACUUUGAGUUCUACAAGGCCGUGAACGCCAUCAACCGAUGGGCUAAUCUGGAAUUCUCCGCUUUCUACAUGGAGGCCAUCAAGGAUCGACUGUACACCUACGGCGAGAACAGCCCCAGCCGCCGCGCGGCGCAGACCGCGCUGUUCCACAUUUACCACUACCUCCAAGAGAUCCUGGCCCCGAUCACCCCGAUGCUGGUGGAGGAGACGUGGGAGCACACGCCGGAAGCCAUCAAGUCGCAAUGCGAACACCCUCUGCGACGCGUCGCGGCCGUCCCCGAGUCGGAAUGGCAAACCCCCACGCUCGAGACCGACUACCAGGACCUUGUCGCCGUGCACGGCGCCAUCAAAACCGCGCAGGAAACCGCCCGCGCCAAGAAGGAAAUGGGUUCCUCGCUGCAGUCUUUCGUCCACAUCGUUCUCCCCGAGGGGGUCACUGAUUCCGUGUUCCAGCGUAAUCUGGCGGAGCUGCCGGAUCAGUUUGUCGUUUCCUCUGUGACCCUGGGAGCUCCUGGGGAGGCCACACCCAGCGCUAUUGUUGACGCGCAAUGGCACUACAGCGAGGAGUACGAGCUCCAGACCGGACAGAAAGGCACCGUCCAUGUUUUCACGCCGCAGGCAGACAAAUGUCCGCGGUGCUGGCGCUAUGUCGUUCCCGAGCAGGUGGCUGAAGAAGAAUCCCUGUGUGGUCGCUGCGAUGACGUCGUUCAGCAACUGGAUGCCGUUAUAUCUUGA